AUGGACUUGGGGAAGUUUUGUGAACAUUUGGCUGACCACAAAUACUUGAAUGAGUCGUUGAUUAGCGAAAAGGAGUUCAACAUUACGGUGAUACCACCCGAUGCUCUUGCGUUGAAGUUGUCAAGUGGCAAGUUAUCAGCAGUUGAGACAGUGAUAGCCUUUAUCAAAAAGCAUCUUGUGGUGAACAAUUGCACUGAGGUACCAGCACUGCUUGAAAAUGAGUUUAAUGCUGCUUUUGCAAUGGCAGGGUUCUUGGAUUGUUAUUACAAAAGUACAGGAAACACCUUGGGCCCACUACAUGGAUUACCAAUUAGCAGAGAACAACUUGAUGGUGUCAAACACGCAAGUAAUGAAUAUGAUAAAUAUGAUGAAUUUGAUGAUGAUGAUGUUUUGGACGCUUUGGGUAGCAUUCCCUUGAGUAUCGUCUUCCACGCAACCCUAGCACCCAUUAGCCGUCCAAAAACUAGUAUUGAAGGAGUAAGAACGCGUUGCGGUGCAACUAGAAACUUGGCAGUACACUCAGGUGUUUAG